UGGUCAACAAAUCGAGCGUGGGCUACGUGUAGCUCCAAUGUAGCUUUGAAGAAAGAACUCCGUUCUUAAAAAUGAUAAAAUGCCCACCUGCUAUCUCAUCAGCGAGGAGGGCGCUCACAGACCCAUCAGGCUGCCUCAUUUACAGACGGUGGUCUUGGGUCGAGGACCCGAAACGACCAUUAAGGACAAGAAAUGCUCUCGGCAGCAAGUGGAACUGAAAGCAGAAUGCAACAAGGGCUACGUCAAAGUUAAACAGCUGGGUCCAAACCCGACCUCAGUUGAUUCUGUGGUGGUGGGUAAAGGCAAUGAAGUGAAAAUCAAGCCUGGACAGCAACUCCACAUUGUCAAUCAGCUUUACCCAUACACGGUACAGUUCAAAGAGGAUUUUAGUGGCAACAACGGUGGAACCAAGAGACCACGAGAGCAAGCGUCAGAGGACAAAGAGAGCCAAAGAGAGACUCAGAGUAUGAAAGCAGCCAAACACGCAGAAAACAGUCCUGUGUCAGUGAGUCCGCAAAAAGUCACAAAAAUGAAUGAAAAUGUUGGACAUUGGAGCCAAGGCCUGAAGGCUUCAAUGCAAGACCCCAAGAUGCAGGUAUAUAAGGAUGACAAAGUAGUAGUGAUUAAGGAUAAAUAUCCCAAAGCACGCCACCACUGGCUUGUCCUCCCAUGGCAGUCGAUUCCCAGCCUGAAGGCACUGCGUGCUGAGCACUGCGAUCUAGUGAAACACAUGCAUCAAGUGGCUGACCGGAUGAUUCAGCAGUGCCCUGAUAAAAGCUCGCUGCGCUUCCGCACAGGUUACCAUGCCAUCCCAAGUAUGAGCCAUGUUCACCUCCAUGUGAUCAGCCAAGACUUCGACUCUCCGUGUUUAAAGAACAAGAAGCACUGGAACUCCUUCACAACUGAGUAUUUCAUUGAUUCUCAGGAUGUCAUUCGAAUGCUUGACAUGAACGGUAAAGUCACUGUUAAAGAAGGCACCAGUGAGCUGUUGAAACUACCUCUCCGCUGCCACGAGUGCCACAAAGAGGCUUCCACGAUCCCAGCUCUCAAAGAGCACUUGAAGUCACAUUUUCCUUGAUGAGAACACGAGUUCAAACAAAAUUCAGCGCUUCAAAUGUUGAAUAUUUGAAUAAUAGUACAUUUUUUGACGGUUGACUACAAAUUUGUUUUGUGAAUUGAUUUUGAUAACAUAUUAGACUAUAUCAGGGUUUACAUUUAAAGAUGUAGUCACGCUUUCAGUUGAGAUUUGUUGAUACGUUGAAGAUAGAUGUCAGUUUGUAGAUAUCUUUUAUGUUGGACUUUUCCUGUUUCAUACCAAGACAGCCAUUCUAAGAUUGGAUCAUUUCAUUCACUGUCUUUGAAUUUUUAUGUUAAAAUGAAAAUUUUCGAAGAAAUAAGUAUUGUUUUGUUCAAUAAAAAAAGUGAAUAAUG